AUGCCGUCCAAUGCCGUCUCCAACGACCCUGCGCUCUCGAUGUCGGCGAUGAAGGAGCGCUCACCCACGCCGCGCAAUACCAAGCGGCUGGGAAUGCGCUUCGGCGUCGACAUCGCCAGCGCAGCCACCGCCGGCGCCUUGACAUGUCCAGUGAUUACGGUGAUUGACCGGGCGAUUAUCGAGAAAGCCGCGAAAGGCGUCUCUAUCCGACAGACCAUCACCUCAUGCUUUCGAUCCAUGCUCACCCAUCCGGGGGGCUUCUUCCUGAGCACACCCUUCCUCCUUAUCUACACCCUCUACACGUCGACAUAUCUCACCGCCAACGCGAUCGACACAGUCACAUCGACGCUGCGCAAUAAGUCCUUCUCGACCGUCUUCCCCGGCACCGCCAAGUUCGUCACCACGACGGCCGUGAACAUGGGAAUCUGCGUGUACAAAGACGCCCGGUUUGCGAAACUUUUUGGCGCGAAAACACCUCCUCCGUCGUCCUCCGCAUCCCCAUCACCAGAACCUUCCCCACCGGCCUCCUGCCACCCAUCAGGGACCGCCAAGGUCCCGCGCAUCUCCUAUGCGCUGUUCUGUCUCCGCGACAGCAUCACCAUCUUCGCCUCGUUCAACAUCCCUCCUCUCAUCGCCCCGUCCAUCCCUGACUCCGUCGCCGCCACACCAGGCAUGAAGGCCGCCAUGGCGCAAUUCGCCUGUCCCGCGCUGAUGCAGUUCGUCAGCACGCCCAUGCAUCUCCUCGGGUUGGAUCUGUAUAACCGUCAGCCGCCGGGCGGUCUGGGCUGGCACGAGCGGAUGUCGCGCAUCCGGCGUGAUUAUGUACCGAGUUGCUUUGCGCGCAUGGGCAAGAUUGUACCGGCGUAUGGUGUUGGAGGUGUCGCGAAUGUGAGGCUACGGGCUGCUAUGAUGGGGUAUUUGGAGGAGUUGGAGGACGAGGGGUGA